GAGAGGUACAGGACAUCACUGUAAUUGGUGAGAUUAAGACAGAGAUUACGUGUCGGAAUAGAAAAUAGUAGAAAAGAGACCUAGCGAGUAAAAGAUGGAGGUUAAGAUCAAGCUGGAGAAAGUUUGCAUCGCUAUGGUUACCAUUCUGCUAGCUCCUUGUAAAUCUGAGUUGGACUCUCAGGCAGUGAUUGGAGUUGUGGGAGGACGAGUCAUAAUCAAAUGUUCAUACACAUUAGCAGAGACCAGCAUCAAGUAUUUCUGCAAGGGGAUCUGCUUAACUGAAUCAGGUAUUCUCAUUCAGACUCAGGACAGCGAGAACUGUACCGAGAAAGGACGAUACAGUAUAUUUGACUUUAGAAAUGGAGUCUUCGCUGUGACCAUCAAGGACCUGAAGAAGUCAGACUCUGGGACAUACUGGUGCAGAGUGGAUAGAAUAUUCGAAUACACGUUCCAGCAAGUGAAACUCAGCAUCAUGGACGGGACAGACUGGAAGGCACUAACCAGAGCCACCCCACCAGAAUCAAUGACAACCAAUUCACCAGAAUCAAUGAAAACCAAUUCACCAAAUGUUCUAGGUACUCCAGUGUUCUUCAUGGUGUGUGUGACUCUGGUAUUUGUAGUUCUAGGUACUCCAGUGGUCAUUAUGGUCUGUGUGAGUCUGGGUGUGUUGGUGUUGGGACUCAUUGUGUUACUGAUCUAUAAAUGGAGGAGAGAAAGGAAAUCAUCAAGACUGGUCACCAAUUUAGACACAGGAAACCAUCACCUCAUCAACCUAGACAUCACAUUAGCAGCCCGAUACUCCACCUACCAAGACCUCAACACAGGAACUCAAGACUCCACCUUCCAAACUCUAAACACAGGAACUCAAGACUCCACAUACCAAACUCUAAACACGGCACCUCAAGACUCCACCUUCCAAACUCUAAACACAGGAACUCAAGACUCCACAUACCAAAAUCUAAACACGGCACCUCAAGACUCCACCUUCCAAACUCUAAACACAGGAUCUCAAGACUCCACAUACCAAACUCUAAACACGGCACCUCUAGACUCCACCUUCCAAACUCUAAACACAGGAACUCAAGACUCCACAUACCAAACUCUAAACAUGGCACCUCAAUACUCCAAUCACCAAGACCUCGACACAGGAACUCAAGAUUCCACCUACCAAACCCUCAACACGACACCUCAAAAUGCCAUCUACCACACCAUCAACACAACACCUUAAGACUCCAAAACUCCACCUACAUCAAACCAUCAAAAUGCCAACCCAAGACUCCUAAUGUAAACCCUCAACUUAACACAACAGACAAAACUGAGAUGAAACUAGAGGAAGAUCCCUAUUUGGUUUUGUGUACAAUGUCAUCAAAAGAUGAAAAAUGUAAUUCAUAUUU